UCCAGAGCGAAGGAGCUGGGAGAUGGGGAGCAAGAGGGGGUGGCUGCUGGGAGAGCAAGAUAGGUCUGGCAAAGAGAGGGGCUGGAGAAGAAAGAAUGUUGAAUGAAAGUGAAGAAAGGGGAUGGGGCUCAAGGAGGUCAAGAUGAGUGAGGAGAAGGAGAGGCUGGCAAGGAAGAUAGAGUGAUGAGGAAAGCUAUGGCUAUCCUUCCUUUCCUGCACUGACUCUGACUCUUGGGGGAGGGGUGUGGUUGGCAGUGUUAUGGACCUGAGCUUCUGUCCCAACUCUCUGACAGCUUGCUUUGUGGCUCAUGUUUUGCAGGUGUGAAUGAGGCAGGAUGAACUGGACAGGUUUGUACACCUUGCUCAGUGGUGUGAACCGGCAUUCUACGGCCAUUGGCCGAGUAUGGCUCUCGGUCAUCUUCAUCUUCAGAAUCAUGGUGCUGGUGGUGGCUGCGGAGAGUGUGUGGGGUGACGAGAAGUCUUCCUUCAUUUGCAACACCCUCCAGCCUGGCUGUAACAGCGUCUGCUAUGACCACUUUUUCCCCAUUUCCCAUGUGCGUCUGUGGUCCCUGCAGCUCAUCUUGGUUUCCACCCCAGCUCUCCUCGUGGCCAUGCACGUGGCUCACCAGCAGCACAUAGAGAAGAAAAUGCUUCGGCUUGAGGGCCAUGGGGACCCCUUACACCUGGAGGAGGUGAAGAGGCACAAGGUCCACAUCUCAGGGACACUGUGGUGGACCUAUGUCAUCAGCGUAGUGUUCCGGCUGCUGUUUGAGGCAGUCUUCAUGUAUGUCUUUUAUCUGCUCUACCCUGGCUACGCCAUGGUACGAUUGGUCAAGUGUGAGGCCUACCCCUGCCCCAACACAGUGGACUGCUUUGUGUCCCGCCCCACGGAGAAAACCGUCUUCACUGUCUUUAUGCUAGCCGCCUCGGGCAUCUGCAUCAUCCUCAACGUGGCCGAGGUGGUGUACCUCAUCAUCCGAGCCUGUGCUCGCCGAGCCCAGCGCCGCUCCAAUCCGCCCUCCCGCAAGGGCUCGGGCUUUGGCCACCGCCUCUCACCUGAAUACAAGCAGAAUGAGAUCAACAAGCUGCUGAGCGAGCAGGAUGGCUCCCUGAAAGACAUACUGCGCCGCAGCCCCGGCACUGGUGCCGGGCUGGCUGAGAAGAGCGACCGCUGCUCGGCCUGCUGA